UCAUAAACUUCUGUAAACAAAUAUUCUAGUUGUUGCAAUGUGUGCUAUAUAUAAACUACCUUCUUUAGAUUACAAUUCAUUCAAUAACAGAUCGGUUUCGAAGUAAGAAUCAUACUAACAAAAGCUAAGUCUAGAACAAGAGCACACGAAUUCAAUCAACAUGGCCAAUCCUAGUAAUUGGCCAUCUCUUCUUAUGUUGGUUCUGGCCUUGUACGCCAUUGCUGCUCAUACAAGUGCUCAGUACACAUACUCUCCACCAUCACCACCACCAUACGUCUACAAUUAUCCAUCACCACCUCCUCCUUACGUAUAUAACUCUCCACCAUAUACUCCAUAUGUUUACAAGUCUCCACCACCCCCACCUUACGUCUAUAGCUCCCCACCACCUCCUCCAUAUAUUUACAAGUCCCCACCACCACCUCCUUAUGUCUACAGCUCCCCACCACCUCCCCCAUAUGUUUACAAGUCUCCACCACCCCCGCCUUACGUCUAUAGCUCCCCACCAAGUCCUCCAUAUGUUUACAAGUCCCCACCACCACCUCCUUACGUCUACAGCUCCCCACCACCUCCUCCAUAUGUUUACAAGUCUCCACCACCCCCGCCUUACGUCUAUAGCUCCCCACCAAGUCCUCCAUAUGUUUACAAGUCCCCACCACCACCUCCUUACGUCUACAGCUCCCCACCACCUCCUCCAAAUUUUUACAAGUCUCCACCACCUCCUCCUUAUGUCUAUAGCUCUCCACCACCACCUCCAUAUGUUUACAAGCCACCACCACCUCCUCCUUACGUCUAUAGCUCUCCUCCAUAUGUUUACAAGCCACCACCACCUCCUCCUUACGUCUACAGUUCUCCUCCAUAUGUUUACAAGCCACCACCACCUCCUCCUUACGUCUACAGCUCUCCUCCAUAUGUUUACAAGCCACCACCUCCAAGCUACAGUUAUAGCUCUCCCCCUCCUCCAAAAUACUAAACAAACAUAUACAUGAUAUAUUCGUUUACCAGCCAUCAUAUUCAUGGAAUUAAAUAUUUCCUUAAUAAAUUUUCAUAUAUGAAAUGUAUUUCUUUGGUUACAACCAAGUGCAUUUUUGUUGUUUGAUUGCUUCGUUUGAUGUUAUUUUACUCACUAAAAAUCCAUGUACUUGUUGUCCAUCUUUUAUUGUCUAAUAAACUCAAUGAAUUUUAUUUUAACAGACUGAAAUAAGUCUAUUAA